AUGCCACGUGAAAAGUUUAAUAAUAGCGGCAUGAUUGAUUCCCCCUCCAUCAGAGAUGCGGCCGUCACGCAGUCAUUUGUAUAUACGUGUCACCACGCUGUCCUCGAUAAAUCUUGGGCCCUGAUCAUGUUCAAGAAAGACCUUACCGCGGGCGCCAAAUCGAAGGUAAAAUCCAGUGUGCAGCGCGGGAUUCGGAGUAAAGUACUCGAAACAUACCCUUUGCUCGAACCACACAUCGACGAGAUCAUCCCGAAGAAGUCGCAACUCGACGUGGUCAAGGUGCCCGACCGGGUCUCUCUCUAUGUCCUCGACAAUGCCCCGCUGUUUUACCAACACAUGGACGACCCGAUCAUCCCUCACCUGAAGGUGGUGCACCAGUACCCGCACGCGUUUAAGACAAUCAAGAUCGAUCGCGGGGCUAUUCGCUUCGUGCUUUCUGGUGCGACGCUGAUGGUGCCCGGCUUGACGAGCAAAGGUGGCUGGCUGCCAGAGAAAGACCAGGAGGUGCCCAAGGGCGAGAUCGUCGCGAUUGCGGCGGAGGGGAAGGACGAGAUCUGUCUGAUUGGGCAGCUUGAGGUCGGGACGGAGGAGAUGAAGGCGAAGAAAAAGGGCGUGGCCAUGAGUGCGGGCCAUUACUUGGGCGAUGGCUUGUGGAAGUUGGAGCUGAGUUGA